AUGAACCAAAUACUUUGCACGUUCCUGACGAACCGGACAUCGAUAACACGGCGUGUCUCGGCCAUAACCUCAUGCCGUGGCCAUAACUUCUGGAGAAGAGAUCGGUACUCAUUUUGGGCCCCACUCAAAAGAUACUUCCUUCGUGAGCUGCGAGUGGCCUCCGCGAUCAAUGCUGGAACUCUGCCUACAAGACCCCAGUUCCUGGUCAUCGUGGUCUACAUUGCCAGCAACAUAGCAUACUGCCUCGCAGUGCCGGAAAACAUCCCCGAUCAGCGCUUUGCGGAGCUUCGAGGCCGAUGUGGAGCUCUCGCGGCAUUCAAUCUAAUCCUCGCAGUCUUGUUUGCUCUCCGCAACAACCCGCUCAUCUGGAUACUCGGCGUCAGCCACGACACGUUCAAUCUCUUUCACCGAUGGACAGCAAGAUUGGUAAUUCUUGAGUCAAUAGCGCACGUCGCUGCGUUUAUGUACAAUACGUACAGAGUCACCUACAAAGGGCAAGACGGUUGGAACAGCGUUAAGUGGGUCCUAGGACAUUCGGUCUCCUAUCAAUGGGGUCUCGCUGGCUUCACAGCCUUUAUAUUCCUCCUACUACAGUCCCUCGGACCACUCCGACGAGCCUCCUACGACACUUUUCUGAAUUUCCAUCGCCUCGGCGUCGUCAUAGCAGUAUCUGGCGUCUACUUUCACAUGGCGAAGCAUGCUUUGCCGCAGCUUCCUUGGGCAUAUCUGUUCAUCACUUUGCUUGCGCUGAAGCCACUGAUAACAUUUGGACGUGUCAUCUAUUACAACUCCUCGUGGAAGCGACGCAGCUGGACCAAAGUUACCGUUGAAGCUUUGCCCGGAGAAGCAACCCGCGUAACGUUCUCCAUACCAAGGUCGUGGAACGGCAAACCUGGAUCGCACACCUACGUAUACUUGCCAAGGAUAGCUCCAUUUGCCUUGCACCCAUUCUCAGUAGCCUGGCAUACUUGUUCAGGGAACGCUAGUCUGGACUCAGAAAAGAUUCCCUUGAGCAUUGAGGAUCUGAAGAUCGAAAGCGGCCCCAGCACGAUCUCGUGUAUCAUUCGCGCGCGUAAGGGCAUGACCCGCGCGCUGUACGACAGGGCUUCCAAAGCUAAGACCGAUCAUAUUGAGCUAUGGGGCGCGAUCGAAGGACCAUAUGGUGGUUACCAUUCUCUGGACUCGUAUGGCACUGUUGUGCUCUUUGCCGCAGGUGCCGGCAUCACGCAUCAGUUGUCAUUCGUGCGACAUUUGCUUGCAGGGUACAGUCACAAUACAUCGGCCACGCGGAGGAUCGUGCUCGUUUGGUGCAUACCCAACAUUGACUCCGUUGAAUGGAUAUACCCAUGGCUGGAGGAGCUCGCCGCUAUGCCAGACUCCAGCGACAUUGUCCAGAUACGGCUAUAUGUCUCGCGGUCAACCUCACAGGAAGCGGAGGCAAUGCCAUUGCCUAUUCAAGCAGAGGUUUAUUCGCAGAGAUGCGACCCCCAAGAGAUCGUCGAUGAACAGGUUCUGGCGCAAGUCGGUGCUAUGGCAGUCACAGUAUGUGGUCCAGGAGGGUUCAACGACAGUGUGCGCGCAGCUGUAAGGCGACGUGUGGGCUUGCGCAACAUUGACUUUUUUGAAGAGGCGUUUUCAUCCUGA